UGAGGCCUCGUCGCGAGAAUUCUAGGUAAUUCCAAAAACUCCACAUCCCCACCCCCCGCAUAUUUCUCUCCGUGGCCCUGCAUCUCAUGUCGAGUCUGCAGCUGCCACACCGCAAUGACCCAACCUAUUCUUGGAGAAUCUAACAGCGACUUUGACCACAAUGCCCCCGGCGAGCCCCUGGUCUCCGAUGAAAUCGCCUUGCCUUUUCCCAUUUUGUGCGCAAGGAUACAUGAGCGCGUAACUGCCUUUUUGAAAGAGAAGAAUGUCUCGUCAAGGGUCCAGAGCGUGCAGGAGCAGACGCGCAUUUCGCUGGGCGUGAUUGCAGAGGCAUUGGAGCGGUUCAGUCUGCCGGAGAUCUCGCUCUCCUAUAACGGCGGCAAAGACUGCCUCGUCCUCCUUAUCCUCUACCUCUGCGCCCUGCACACUGCCGGCCUGACCCGCUCUACCCCAAACAACUUUGAGUCUAACCACCACGAGCCCAUCCAGUGUGUCUACAUCCAAUCUGCGCAUCCUUUCACAGAGGUGGAAGAAUUUGUAGCAUCGAGCGUGAAAACAUACUCUCUUUCCCUGGUCGAAUAUGCCAAACCCAUGAAAGCCGCAUUCGCUGACUAUCUGCACGACACUCCUUCAGUAAAAGCCAUAUUUGUAGGCACCAGGCGAACUGAUCCGCAUGGCGAGCAUUUGAAGCAUUUUGAUCCGACCGACCAUGGGUGGCCCAAGUUUAUGCGCAUACACCCUGUUAUAGACUGGCAUUAUGUAGAUAUUUGGACGUUCAUCCGUCAGCUUAAAAUACCCUACUGUGUUCUUUACGACCGUGGAUACACCUCCCUAGGAGGUACAACGGACACUCAUCCUAAUCCCGCCCUCCUCUGCCAACCAACCACACCACACCUUCCGAAGACAAAUAAUUCGAAUGGUGCAACGAAUGGAACAAUCAACGGGUCUAGUACGCCGAAGUUCCGACCAGCCUAUGAGCUGAUGGACGAUUACGAGGAACGACUAGGCCGAGACAAAUGAGGAAGCUUGCGAUAUCCUGUACAUGUAGCAAGUUUAGACGGCCUAGAAUGGUAAACAAAACCCAUUGUCAACGCGCAUAUCGGCGUAUUUGGAGUUUGAUGAUAGCACGUCUUUGGCGCUAGCAUAUUAGAAGGCUCGUAGA